AUGGCGGCGGCCCCUUCCGCCCAAGCCCGCGUCACGCUUCAAGACGCGUUCGAGCGGUUUGCAUCCACCGUCGCGCCAGACGACAAGCGACUGUUCCACAACACCCAGCUUAAGGAUGUCCGCGAUGAGGCGAUACGGAUUGAGCGCCAGCUUCGCGCCCGCCGGACGCAAAGGUGCAUGGCCCGGCUGGACAAUUUCCUUCGGGGAAUGGAGCAUUACUCCAAGGUGGUCGAAGUGCUCUGCAAUGGGACGCCUUUCCUGCCAUGGAUCUGGGCACCGGUAAAGCUAAUGCUUAUGAUCACGGCCGAUUCUAUCAGUGCGUUCGAGAAGUUGAUAGACGCCUACGGCAAGAUUGGAGACAUUGUUUCUCGCCUGGAUCGUCUUGGCGAUGCACUUGUCAAUGAUCACAACUUUCAAAAUGUGCUAGCUCUAGUAUACUCUGACAUUGUAGAGUUUCAUCGUCGAGCUUACAAGUUCGUGAAAAGGAAAUCAUGGUCCAUAUUCUUCAGUUCUAUGUGGGCUGGCUUUGAAUCUCGGUUCAAUGGGAUAAUGAAGAACCUGGCAUAUCACACCGAGCUAGCCGACAAGGAAGCUGCCGCAGCGGACAUCGCUGAAUCCGUCCGACGUAGCAAAGCUGAUGAUGAGAAUUGGGAGCAACAAGAAUGGAAGUCCAUGAUAUGCUCUGCCCUUGUGCAGCACACCGAGACGAACGCCGUUCAUGUGUUCUACUACUUCUGCAGUUUCCUCGGAAGCCGCUCCGAUGGCCCGAGCCGUCUGCUACGAUCUCUCAUAUCGCAGGUCAUUCAAAAACAUCAGGAUCUCGCCAUAUAUGUCCACGACGUCUACUUUAAGUCGAAUCCUGAACCCACGAAGAAAGCGUUGUUGGCACUUCUCCCUGAACUUCUCCGAGGUUUGGGAUCCGUGCGGCUUAUCGUAGACGGUAUUGACGAAUGGGCUUCACGGGAUCAAAAGGAGCUUCUCAAUAAUCUUUCGCAGAUGAUUUCAACCGACCAGUCCUCUCAUGUCUGCAAGAUCAUGGUCGCGAGCCGAGACACUAUGGCCACCUCGCGGCGCAAGAAGGACAAAUUGUCAACAAUGAUCUCUCUCAGCAAUGGCGACGAAGGUCUUGCAGUCACUCGUGCGAUUGCCAGUUUUGUCAAUAAUAAGCUUUCUGAUCUUCCUGAGCACUUCGAAGAGCUCGACCCAGAUUCCUCGAUUAUGGCUCAUGUCAAGAAGACCCUGCUUGAGAAGUCUCAGGGUAUGUUCUUGUGGGUGAGCCUUGUGCUGGAAUCACUCGAUACGGUGUAUAGCCCUGAGGAACUACGUACUAUCGUCGACAAUCUUCCCUCCGAUCUGGAAGCCCUUUACGCACAGAUCGUGACUCGUCUCUGCAGCGCCCCAGGUGCCCAAAGCUACGGAGGCGUGCCGCGCAUCAUGAGCUGGAUAUGCUUCUCACGAAGGCCUCUGCAUAAAUCAGAGCUACUGCAGGCGCUGUCUAUGUUCCCAGACGACGUGGGCUCUCAGAUGCGAAGUACUCCUGUUGCUUCUAUUCUUGACCACUGCAAACCGCUUAUCGAAGAAUUACCUGAUUCGACGAUAGUACCAGUCCACUUCUCGGUGAAGGAGUAA